CUCACUACGAGGCACACGAACGAGUCGAUCAGCCAGGGCCAAGUUGAGCCGAAAACCCAUUUCUCCAUGCUUGGUGCCAUUGGGAUCCAAUACUCCCUGACCUGCGCGCCACUUGCCAUUGGGUUCUAUCUGUCCAUGGUCAUUGGGCUAGGAGGCUCACCUGCGUACUUCUGGGGUUUCAUCGUCACUGGAGUCUUCCAACUGUUUGUUUGCCUGGCCGUAUCUGAGCUAGCAUCUGCGAUUCCACACUCUGCAGGUCCUGCAUACUGGGUUAUUUCUCUUGCCGGUACCAAGCACAAGCGCACAGUCGGUUAUGCAGUGGGCUGGCUUAGCAAUGCUGGAUGGUUCUUGAUCAACUCGGCGUGUGUUCUCUACCCAGCCGAACUCACUAUGAGCUUGGUAGAGGCCACGCAUGACAACUAUGUUAGCAAGGCUUGGCAUACCUACCUACUCUACGUCGCAUUUGCGCUGGUAUUCCUGACCAUAAACUUGCCACGCGUCUUCAAGGUCCUGAACUGGAUCGUAGUUGGGGUCUGCUUUGCCAUCAACUUCACCGCGUUGUACCUCUUCAUCAGCCUCCUGGUACGCGUCAAAACAAAACAGCCUGCUCAGUUUGUCUUUAUUGAGUAUAUCAACGAAUCCGGCUGGUCCAAUGGUACGGUCUUCUUCGUCGGACUGCUGCCGUCCUAUGCCUGUUUGGCCGCCUUCGAUAACGCAACCCACCUGACAGAUGAGAUGGAAAACCCAAGAAAGCAAGUGCCGCUGGUGAUCAUUGGAUCUUUUCUCCUGAGCUUUCUCACAGGUUUGCCAAUGCUUCUGGUGUAUGAGUUCUGCAACGUAGACCCUAUCAGCCUGCUCACAGCCGUUGGAGGCCAGCCACUUAUGCAACUUAUGAUCAACGCUUUCGAUUCCAACACCAUGGCUAUCUUCGGAAUGGUCAUGAUCAUUCUUUGCCUUUGCGUUGCUGGUAUUUCCUCUCUGGUCAGCUGGUCACGUCUGUAUUGGUCGUCCAGCUGCGAGAGGCUCAUGCCUUUUUCCGGCACCAUGUCGAAAUUGUCCUCCCGCGACAGCUUGCCGCUCAACUCCCUCUUCUUCAACACUGCCCUGACCCUUCUCAUUGGUCUCAUUAGCCUUGGCUCUCACACCGCUAUGAACGCACUGCUUGGGGCAGCUAACCUUUGCCUCAUCUCUGUGAUUGUGGCCGCUCUUGGUCUUGCGUUGUUCAGGGGCCGCAAGAGGCUUGAGGAGUCACGAUGGCUGAACCUCGGAGGCCUGACAGGCGAUGCCAUCUUCAUUAUUGCGACUUUGUGGUCUCUAUUUAUCAUGGUUAUGCUUUGCUUCCCGCUCUAUCUGCCGGUCACCCCAGAGUACAUGAACUGGAGCUCUGUUGUUUUCGCAGGUAUCCUCUCUAUUUCCGGUCUCUAUUGGGUAGCAGUCUUCAGAAAACAAGCGCCAUUAUGCAGUGAUCACCAGCCUGGCCACUCAAGGGAAAUGCGCACAGCGAAGCGGAGCAAGUUGCAAAAGGAGUAAUAUUUAGGAAUGUACUUAAAGGCAUUUUAUUCAACAAGCGGGCAUAACAGAGCUUCGCACAAAGGCAUAUACAACUCGCAUCCUGAGGGUAACCUGGAUGGUCCUGGUGGU